AUGGAAAAUCAGAAUGUCCCCGAAUUUGUUUUCAUGGGACUGUGGGGAAAUAGCCAAAUAGAGCUACUGUUCUUUUUCUUUUUCCUGCUCUGCUGCCUGGCUGUCUUACUGGGGAACUUCACCAUCUUAGUCACGGUCACCUGCAGCCAUCUAAUCCAACAGCCAAUGUACCACUUUCUCUGCCACCUUUCCCUCAUGGACCCCUGCUACACCUCCACUGUGAUCCCCCGGCUGAUCAGAGACUUAGGGGCAACAGGAAAAGACAUUUCCUGUAACAACUGUAUGACCCAGCUCUUUAUAGCCCAUUCACUGGCUGCUGUGAUGUUCAUCUUGGUGUCCACGGCUUUCACUGCUGUCACCAUUGUCAGGCCCCUGCACUACAUGGUCAUCAUGAGCUGGCACAGGUGUGACAUGCUGAUCACCAUGGCCUGGGGCAUAGGGGUUUGGCCCUCUGUUGCUCUGCUGCUUGUGGUACUCAGGUUACCUUUCCAUGGUUUUAAUCAAAUAGGCCACUACCUAUGUGAUGUGAAGCCUCUUUUGAAGCUAGUGUGCAAAGAUAUCUGUGCUGUUAAUACCUUAAUGAUUGCAAAUUCAGGGAUGGUGGUGGUUGUAGUUUUUCUUGUCCUAGUGGCUUCUUACAUAUUAUAUAAGCUCAGAACCCGCUUCUCUGCAGGGCCACACAAAGCUCUCCCAACCUGUAGCUCUCACGUAGUGGUUGUAGUCUUGUUCUUCAUGCCCUGUAUCUAUGUUUACGUACUACCUGCAGGGAGUGAGAACAAGGACAAGGAAACCUCAGUGACUACCCCCAUGCUGAAUCCCCUCAUCUGCACCCUCAGAAAUGUGGAGAUGAUACUUGCCAUGAUGAAGACAAGCAGAUCAGUGGACCAGACUAGGGAGUUCCAGAAACACACCUGCAUGUGUUGGUCAACUAAUCCUCAACAAAGGUCUGUAGGCAACUCCGUGGAGAAAAAGUUUUUGCAACAAAUACCAGUGAUGCACAUUCUUUCUGAUACUGGAAAUGAUUUGGCAGCGGGAGUCUCUGUAGUGGAAUUCUUGCUGAUGCAGCAUAAAACUAACCUGCCCGCCUUUCAGGGCUGA